AUGGGGAAAGCAAUCUGUUGCGAGUGUGGGGAUUUGGGAUUUGAGAAAAAACUUGUCUACUGCUUGGAAUGCAAACAAGCUUUGGGGCACAGCUAUUGUGGGGAAUACAAACACGGCAUGAUCUGCACCACUUGCGAACUCACGAAGUUAAAAAUCGAAGAAAAAGAAGAGCCUUACAUGGUGUCUGUGUGGACGGGCUCUCUGGACUUGGUCCAGGACGAGAGCAACUUCCUAAGGAUUGAGGGCUUCCACGCCUUCUUGUCCACGCGGGCCCACAAGGCCGCGGCCCAACUUGCGGCCCAGAUGGAGCCCACCGUGGAGGUUGAGGUGCUGCCCAGAUUCCUGCUGUGGCCCAAGGAUUUCGACGGCUCAAUUGGGAUUUACUUCUUCCCGUCCUUGGCCAAACGGGAGGCAUACGAAUCCCUGCUGGACGAGAUGGUCAGGGAUGACGUGGCAAUGCGGGCCCUGCAGCCCGACGGGUCGGAGCUUCUCAUUUUUGCAUCCAUUUUACUGCCCCGCAACAUGUGUAAGUUUCAGGGGAGGUUAUUCAUGUGGGGCUACUGUGCCACAUAG